UGACUUUAAUUCCCUAUCCUUGCCAUAGUGGCUCAGGCUUUCGUGCCGCCGAUAUCCUUUAUCCGGUGAGCUCAAUGGCGUCAAUCAUCCCCAAUUUCCGCCUCCGGCGACUUCCACCACUAUCCAAAUUCCGUUCAACUCUUCCGCCGCUACACCUCCACCGUCCUUGUUCCUCUAUAGCUCUCCCCGUUGCAUCUUCUUCAUCUUCUCCAUAUGAAGAUUCAGAGGAGCCUCAAUCGAACACAAACACAUUGUCCACCACCACCACCGCCAUUGAAGAACCACACAGGAAGAUCAAGAGCAAAAAACCUAAGCCGUUUUUCCCGAAACGAGGCGAGACAUUGGAACUGGUGUGCGAAAGCCUAGCGUUUAAAGGAAAAGGUUUGUGUAAAGUGGAGGAGAGUGGUUAUGUGGUUAUGUGUGAUCGUGCUCUUCCUGGUGAACGCUUUGUUGGUCGAGUUACUCGUAAGAAGAACAAUUACUCUGAGGUGACUAAAGUGAAGACACUAAGUCCUCAUAGAGAUAUGGUGGAAGCACCAUGUGAAUACGCGUUACAGUGUGGAGGUUGUAGGACGCAAAACUUAUUAUACGAGGCUCAAGUCAAGGCUAAGGAAGAACAAGUUCGAGACUUGGUGGUACAUGUUGGAAAGUUCUCGUAUAAAGAUCCAGAAUUUGAGAAUGUAAUGAAGCCAAUUGUUCCCUGUGAUACGCAAUUUCACUACAGAAACAAGAUGGAAUUUUCCUUCGGUCCCAAAAGAUGGUUACCCAAAGAACAAUUGGCCGAUAAAAGUGAAGAUGCUAAUGUCUUUUCUUUGGGAUUACAUGCUCCUGGUUUUUUCGAUAAGGUGUUAAAUGUCGACAAGUGCUUCUUACAAAGUGAGCCGGCAAAUAAGGUUCUUGCAGCCGUUCAAGAUUGUUGGAGAAAUCCUGAACUGGGAUUGUCACCAUAUGAUUGUCAUUCUCAUACUGGAUUUUUGAAGCACCUGACGAUACGAAGCGGAAGAGACGUUGAAACUCGGGAACCGCAACUCAUGGUUAAUUUCGUGACUUCGUCUUACAAGCCAGAGCUUUUGAAGCCACUUGUUGACAAACUGGCAGUGUUCCCAGAAGUGGUAAGCAUCAUGAACAAUAUUAAUACUGCUGUCGGUAACACAUCGGUUGGAGAACAAGAGUACACACUUUACGGGAAAGCUACUAUCACAGAGAUAUUAAGAGGAUUAGCAUUCGAAAUUUCCGCCAACUCUUUCUUCCAAACAAAUGCUCAUCAGGCUGAAAUUCUAUACAAGCUAGUAGAAGAUUGUGCUGGACUCAAAGGAGAUGGCUCAGAAAUAGUUCUUGAUUUAUUUUGCGGGACCGGAACAAUUGGUCUUACACUAGCCAAAAAGGUAAAACAUGUUUAUGGUUAUGAAGUAGUUCCUGAAGCCAUUGCUGAUGCCCGUAGGAAUGCCAAGUUGAAUGGGGUCCACAAUGCCACUUUUAUUCAAGGGGAUCUCAAUAAAAUUAGUGAGAGUUUCGGGAAUGAUUUUCAAAAACCAGACAUCGUCAUAUCAGAUCCCAACCGGCCAGGCAUGCAUACUAACUUGAUUAAAUACUUAUUAAAGCUGAAAGCACCACGAAUUGUGUACGUAUCAUGUAACCCUGCCACAUGUGCACGUGACUUGGAUCUUCUAUGUCAUGGUUCGGUGGAACAAAAGUUACAAGGAUGUUACAGACUAAAAAGCAUACAACCCGUGGACAUGUUUCCUCACACUCCUCAUAUAGAAUGUGUUUGCUUGCUUGAGCUAUGUUAAUUGCAAUUCACUCACCGAUUUAUUAAGGUUCGUUUUUUAUAAUUUAUUUUAACUGAACCAAUUAUGAUCCCUUUUAUAUAAUGUGAUGUUUUGCGACAUAUCGUUCUACUAGCAAAUGUACAAUGUACGAGUAAAAAGUAGCGAUGUAAAAGUGGGUUAGGUCGGAUUUGAAUGAUCAUUGAUCCACCAACUUUUUUAUUCUUUUGAUUCUAGUAUUUCAAAUAAUUAUUGUAUUUGGUAGAAUACUGGGAGCUGUAUUAUUGGAAGGAUAGUAUAGUUUUGACAAAUAAAAUGUGGAGAUAUAAUUAUUUGAUUAUU